CAGCACUCUGUAGUUAGCAGGAAUUGAUGAAUAUCAACUCUGAAUCGUUGUAAAAGAGCAAGAAAAAAGCAAAAACGAAAGCAAAAAAUUAUCUAUUUCUUUAGUGUGUGCAUACAUAAUUGAACUAGAAGAGCAGCAAUCUCAUCAGUCAGCUGGUAAGAGUGUGACUCCAAUUUUUGGAUGAAUUAUAAGUAUUAUGGAAAAAGGAUGUUCAGUUGCUAACAGUAAAUCCGUGGCAAGUGCAACUUCAACUACCGUCGCUACCGCCACAAACUUCAUAUCUGGCCAAUCCGAUUUUAAGGCAGGUCUUGAUCAUCUUCCAACAACUAGCCAAGGACACAUUGGUGAAGCAGUAACUGAAGCGAAAACAGAAGCACUUGUAUCUAUGUCAAAACUGAGGAAUGAUGUCGAUGAAGUGCAUGGCUUUGCCGUAGUACUCGAUGAUGAGUCAAGUACAUCUGGGGUGUUAGAGACCUUCGAUAUAAGUUCUUCCAACUCGCUGCCCACCAACACGGAAGCCAUGCAUUCUGUAGGUGUGGUGGUGGCUGUGGACGAUGGCUCCUCCACUGACACCCUUAAUGUAGGGCAUGGGCAUGAUCAUCCCUCCGAACAUAGUCAAGUAUUUUUCAAUAAUAAUGAUCACGGAGAGAAACAGGACGCAAUAGUCUGCAUAAUAAAUGACGAUGACGAAGCGGAGGUACUGAUCGAGGAGGACGAUGAUGACGAUGAGGAUGGCAAUGAUAUUGUGGAUGCUGCCAUUGAUUGUCCGGACACUUCUCAAUUGCCGCUGCCCGAUGGCACCAUCAUUGCAGCUGAUGGAUCCAAGAUCUUUUUGGAGACCCCUGUCAUUGAGGAUGUGCAACAGCACACUGGUGAAGCCGAUACUGUUGCAACAGUAUCGGAGCUUGGUGAGAAGCCCGGAAAACCCAAGCGACUCAGUGAUGAGUUUAUGAUUGCUGAAGACCUAUUGGAUGAUCAGGCAUCGGCUGUAGCACCUACCGAAAUAAAGUCAAGACCUGAAAACGCAUGUCAUAACCAGGAUCCGCAACCCAGGGAAAUCGAAAGGGAGGAGGGAAAUGUGGCGUCUACAUCCCAACACGACAAAUUGAUGUCUGUGCGUCUGAAGCAGAUGACCCUAACAGCUAAUGCUUCUAAUUCUUCCUCCACCUCCUUACCAAUAGCUGCCACACCAGCUCAGGCGGAUACUGAAUCGAUGGAUUUAAUUGAGCGUUGCGAUUUUGAAACUGAACAGCGCCUUACUGGGGGCAUUGUACUGCGCACUAGUUCAAUUGUGAGCAAAAACAAACUAAAUCUAAGUCUGAUAAAUUCUUUGGGGAGUGGACCAACAGCAGGAGUUAGUAGCAGCACCGACGAUUGGCCCACUAGCAGCACAGGACGAGCGAUUUCCUCAGACAGCAAGUGCACUUACAAAGAUCUAUCGACCACACCAACAAGCAGCCGCAAGUACACAAAUAGUCGUUUGAGUAAAUCGACUGCUAAACUCAACUUGGGGUCCUCUUUGAAAUCUGAAUCCUUGCCGGUAGCAACAUUCGCCGUUGCCUCCUCUAAUGCUAUGUCGACAUCGACGACGUCAUCGGAGGCAGCCACAUCUUGUCAAGAAGUUUCGCGGACAGAUGGUUUCACGAAUACCAACUCAAAUGAUAACGCAUGUUUGGCAAGAAGUUUAGCUCCUACUUUGAGCUGUCAUCAGGAGGACAAGAACCUUGAGCCAACGGGCUCACAUUCCAUUUCCUUUAGCUCUGUUGGUUCUCAGACCACUCAGGAAGGCGGAUGCAGUCGCAGUAGUGUCUUGAAUUCUUCUCAAAAUGCUUCUCUAGAUGAUGCGCAACCAUCGACAUCGUCAUCCGUUACAACUUCUUCAGCUCGUUGCCAUUAUGCAGCAGCCACAAAAACGCUGCGCCAUGUUAACGCCAGCGCCCAGACUCAGGAACGUUUUCUUUCGCGAACCAAUAAUUUAGCACCUAACGGCGGAGCAGGAGGAGAAGCAUUAUCAACUCAAGCGCCACUUACCCGACGAAGACGUAAUGAGAUAAUUGUUCUAGAUGUGGUAUUGGAGGAGGAAGCCACUAACGGACAUCGAAGCGGGGAAAGCGAACUCGUUGAUCCUGGCAAUUUUGGUGGAACGGAAGAGCCUUGGGUAAAUUGCGAUGAGGAGAACAAUUGCUCAGAUCUAGAGGAGAUUUGCACUUGCCAAAAUGGAAACGGAGCCAGUCGCAGCAGCAGCAGUACCAGCCUAAGUGAGGUCAUAGAAAUGGAUGCUAUGCAAAACGACGAGCAAAUAGCUUUGCUAUCAACAUCGACCUCUGUCAAGGCUAAUGCAGCCACAGGCGACAGUUAUCUGCCCAAUUCUAGCUCGACGGUCUCUCAGCAACGCAAACGUAAAUAUAACGAAGGACAUCUGCUAGAUGGUUGCGAUUAUUCCAUGGUUGUUUCUGCCGACACUGGGACAAGUGUUGUUGGCAGUGGAAUUGGGGAUAAUUGUCGCAAAAGAAUAGCAUACGACUUUGCUUCGACUCCACGAAGUUCUGGACCUAUAGCGAUGAUGUCUAUGGUACCCACCCCUCAGUUAGCCCACUCAUCGCCUUUAGGACGCAGAACUCCUCGUUCUGGACUGGUUCUCACACGUGACAACCCGCCACCGGAACUUCAGCACUGGCUGGCUCAAUUCCAGCGCUGGUCUCAUGCAGAACGUUUACUUGCCGUUGACCGCUUGAUCGACAAUUGCGAUCCUUCACAAGUGCGUCACAUGAUGAAGGUCAUUGAACCGCAGUUCCAGCGAGACUUUAUAUCCUUGUUACCUCGGGAGUUAGCCCUGUUUGUGCUCUCAUACUUGGAGCCGAAGGAUUUACUACGUGCCGCCCAAACCUGUCGUAGCUGGCAGUUCCUUUGUGACGACAAUCUGCUGUGGAAGGAAAAGUGUAGGAAAGCCCAGAUUCUCACAGAGUCACGCAGCGAUCGGCCAAAACGAGGCCGUGAUGGAAAUAUGCCACCCAUAUCGUCUCCUUGGAAAGCAGCCUAUAUGCGGCAGCAUAUUAUUGAAAUGAACUGGCGUUCCCGUCCUGUGCGAAAGCCGAAAGUCCUAAAGGGUCACGACGAUCAUGUCAUAACAUGCCUUCAAUUCUCUGGUAAUCGCAUCGUAUCUGGUUCCGAUGACAAUACGCUUAAAGUUUGGUCUGCUGUUAAUGGAAAGUGCCUACGCACGUUAGUUGGUCAUACUGGCGGAGUGUGGUCCUCGCAGAUGUCGGGAAACAUCAUUAUCUCUGGCAGUACGGAUCGCACUUUAAAAGUUUGGGAUAUGGAAAGCGGCGCCUGCGUUCACACACUUCAAGGACAUACGUCCACAGUUCGCUGCAUGCAUUUGCAUGGUAGCAAGGUGGUCAGUGGAUCACGUGAUGCAACUUUACGGGUCUGGGACAUUGAGCAGGGCUCCUGCUUGCAUGUCCUUGUUGGGCAUUUAGCCGCUGUGCGCUGUGUGCAAUAUGAUGGUAAGCUUAUUGUAUCCGGAGCAUACGACUAUAUGGUCAAGAUCUGGCAUCCAGAGCGCCAGGAGUGUCUUCACACACUCCAGGGACACACAAAUCGCGUCUAUUCGCUUCAGUUCGAUGGCUCACAUGUGGUUUCGGGAUCGCUGGAUACUUCGAUACGAGUGUGGGAUGUAGAGUCAGGCAAUUGCAAGCACACUCUAAUGGGUCAUCAAAGUCUUACCUCUGGCAUGGAGUUGCGACAAAAUAUCCUUGUUUCGGGUAAUGCCGACUCAACUGUUAAGGUGUGGGAUAUCACAACUGGACAAUGCCUGCAGACACUAUCUGGCCCCAAUAAGCAUCAGUCCGCAGUUACCUGUUUACAAUUCAAUUCGAGAUUUGUAGUAACUAGUUCCGAUGACGGCACCGUCAAGCUAUGGGACGUGAAGACCGGUGAUUUCAUUCGUAACUUAGUCGCCCUUGAUUCCGGAGGUUCCGGUGGCGUUGUGUGGCGUAUCAGGGCAAAUGAUACAAAGCUUAUUUGUGCUGUUGGCUCACGUAAUGGAACAGAAGAAACUAAGCUAAUGGUUCUAGAUUUUGAUGUGGAGGGCGCAUGUGUUAAAUGCUCAUAGGAGCAGGAUAAGCCGCAAUUCCAAUUUGGCUACACACGACUUUGCUAUGCUCUAAGAUUUACAAGACCUCUAAGUGAGAUUCCAUUGCAAAUUUAUUUUAACAGAGAUCACAAACUUAUACCGGGAUCGUCCGGAACGAAAGUUGCUUGCCUUGCCAACAAAAUGCAGCUACUCAGUCACACAUUUACAACAACAUGAAAAAAACACAUCAAAACAGGCGAAGAAAAAGGGAUUGGGCAUAGUUUGGGGAUGGCUAUAAGUGUGCUUUAUUAUUAUUUUCUUCAGUUAACGUUGCGUCAUAGCCAAAAUUUAAUGUCGUUCAUAGAAUAAUUUUGCUAUUUUAAUUCUUAUUUUGAUUGAUAAUUACAUUCGAAAUCGAUUGAAUAAGCCAUAAAUAGGCAUAGUAAUAAUAUAAUAUUAUAUUUAACCCUACUUUUUUAAUUCUGAAUAUACUGUUAAAGAAACCGUCGAAAAUGCUGACCCAGAGAGAGAAGACAGAGUUGGAAAAAAGUUAAUGGAAAACAGCUUUAUAUUGAUUAAAUUUAAAUUUGUUUAACUGAA